UUGACGGAGUCAUGGAGCCGAUGACCGCCGGUGGCUCUUUCCUGGGCGAGAUCGCGUUUUGGGCAGAGAGGACGCCGGUUCACGAAGCCGCCCGAGACGGGGAGGUCCGUCACCUCCAGGAGCUGAUCGAGAACGGCGCCUGUGUCAACCUGGUCACCUACGACUCCAUCACGCCCCUCCACGAAGCCAGCCUGCGUGGGCAGACGCGGUGUGUGGAGAUGCUGCUGGCCGCAGGAGCCCAGGUGGACGCCAGAAACAUCGAUGGGAGCACCCCGCUCUGCGACGCUUGUGCCUCGGGGAGCAUCGAGUGCGUGAAAGUCCUCCUCUCUCACGGGGCCAAGGUCAACCCGCCAUUGUACAUCGCCUCGCCCCUCCACGAAGCCUGUUUAAACGGCAGCGCCGCGUGUGUCCGUCUCCUCAUUGACGUCGGUGCGAACCUUGAGGCCCAUGACUGCCGUUUUGGAACGCCGUUGCAUGUGGCCUGUGCGCGAGAACACCUGGACUGCGCCAAGUUGUUGCUCAACGCAGGAGCCAACGUGAACGCCGCCAAACUUCACGAGACGGCCCUUCACCACGCUGCCAAAGUGCGAAACACCGACCUGGCGGAGAUGCUGAUCCAAUUCGGAGGAAACGUUUACGCCCGGGACAACCGAGGCAAAAGGCCCUCCGAUUACAGCCAGAGCAGCAGCUCCACAGGAAAAUGCUUCGCCUACUAUGAACGAAAUCCCCUGCGGCUAUCUCAGCUUUGUCGUCUCAGUCUACGUCAGGCUCUCGGCCGAAAAGCUCUGGAGAAAAUCCCCCAUCUUCACAUCCCCGCGAAAUUCGCCGAGUUCCUGUCUUACUGUCAAUGAGCGGCCUGCGGGGCCCCAGGAAUUUCGGGCGUGUCCCCCCACCACACACACCCCAAAAAUUCCCUUUUAAACCCUUGGAAUAAGACAAAAAGACAAAAUGUAUAUAGAAACUCCUAUUUGGCUAUCAACAGUAAAACAUUGAUGCACCCGCACCUUCU